CUUCAUUAAAGUUUUUCAUUUCCAAAAGCUGAAACUCCAAUUUUAUGGUUCCCUAAAGUGCAGAAAUUUAAAAAAGUUUUUUAUUUUAUUUUAUUUUUACAUUUGUAAUUUCAACUCUGGGUUUUUCAAGUUUAUUCCAAAUCUCUUCUUUUUGCUAUAAAAAAGAGAUCUGAUAUUACUAUUUUUCACUUAAGUCCCUCUUGUCUUUUCUAGUUUUCUUCCAUCUAUUUUAGUGUCUAAAAGAAGUGCAAAAAAAUUACACAUUUAUUACAAAAGAGUGUUCAAACUUUAGACAUAAAAGCCGUGUUUAGCAUUUGAGUGGCAAAAAGCUGUUGAAAAUAUUAACUCUUUCCUUUAAAAGUUUUGUUUUUUUCUUAGUUUAUAAGGGUAGUAGUUUAAUUACUCAGUACCUGGAUCAAACCCCAUUAUUGCAUUUAAGAAAAAGCCACCAAAUACCCCUUUUUUGGUGUUUUUUUCAAAGUCUCAUAGCUCAAAUCAAGCUUCUGCCUUGAUUUUAUUGUUCAGAAGCUUAAAAAUAGGGGGAAAAAGCUAUUCUUUUAGUGUAUUUUUGUUGUUUUAAGUUGAAACUAGAAGUACUCUUCUUUUAAAUCCUUGUUCUUGAUUCAAGUGUUCAUAUGCUGUAGUUUAAGAGUGUGUGUGGAGAUUUGGAUUGUUCUUUGAAGUAAACGAACAUAAUAUGUUGAUAUUUAGUUUGUUCUUUUUGAAGAUUUAGUGGGAUAAACUUCUGAGACAGGAUAAUAGUCAAGACAUAGAUUGCUGGUUUUUUUUGUGUGUUUAAAUUAAUGUAGGAUUAUUGUACUUUAAGACAUAGUUGCAGCACUUGUUUGAAUGAUUUUGGUGGUGGGAUUAGGUUUGAAAGGAAGGUUUUGAAAGGGUUGUAUUCAAAAAUGGUGGAAGAUGAGAAAAAUGAUAAAGAAAUGAGAUCAUUAGCAUUAACACCAACAUGGUCAGUUGCCACUGUUUUGACAAUCUUUGUUGUGGUAUCUUUGAUCGUUGAACGGUCGAUUCACCGGUUAAGCAAGUGGUUACGGAAAACUAAUCGGAAACCUCUGCUUGCGGCAGUGGAGAAGAUGAAAGAAGAGUUAAUGCUGCUUGGUUUUAUAUCACUCCUUCUAAUAGCAACCUCAAGCACAAUAGCCAAUAUUUGUAUUCCAUCGAAGUUCUACGAUAGUACCUUUGCACCAUGCACCAAGUCCGAGAUUGAUGAAGACCUUGAAGAUGAUUCUUCUAAGGAACGUAAGCUUUUGACGGCUGCCAAUUUUCAUUUAUUUAGGAGAAUGUUGAAUGGCAUGAACCGGAAUACCUGCGCAAAGGAUCAUGAGCCAUUUGUUUCAUACGAAGGUCUUGAGCAGUUGCAUCGCUUCAUUUUUGUCAUGGCAAUCACCCAUGUAUCAUAUAGUUGCUUAACAAUGUUACUUGCAAUUGUGAAGAUUCAUAGUUGGAGGGCAUGGGAGGAUGAAGCUCAUAUGGAUCGACAUGAUAUAUUAAAUGCAAAAGCAAGAGAGUUGAUAAUGCGAAGACAAACAGCUUUUGUCGUAAACCGCGAGUCGAACAACUUGACCAAAAACAGUCUUUUUAUUUGGGUGAAAUGUUUCUUCCAGCAAUUCGGAUAUUCAGUGGUUCGUGCUGACUAUUUGACUCUCCGCAAGGGCUUCAUCAUGAAUCACAACCUGACGUCGAAGUACGAUUUUCAUGGCUAUAUGAUUCGUUCUAUGGAGGAAGAAUUUCAACGGAUUGUUGGUGUUAGUGCUCCGCUUUGGGGAUUUGUUGUCGCGUUUAUGCUGUUCAACGUGAAAGGGUCUAAUCUGUAUUUCUGGAUAGCAGUCCUUCCCAUUACCCUUGUUCUUCUUGUGGGCGCAAAGCUACAACAUGUCAUCGCAACCUUGGCACUAGAGACUGCCGACAUGACUGGUUAUGUUACUGGAGCAAAGCUGAGGCCUCGAGAUGAACUUUUCUGGUUCAAGAAGCCGGAAUGGUUGUUGUCCCUUAUACAUUUCAUUCUAUUCCAGAAUGCAUUCGAACUGGCUUCAUUUUUUUGGUUCUGGUGGCAAUUCGGCUACGAUUCAUGCUUCAUCCGUAACCAUACGCUUGUUUACAUAAGACUUAUUUUGGGGUUUGCUGGGCAAUUUAUUUGUAGCUACAUCACUCUUCCACUCUAUGCUUUGGCCACUCAGAUGGGAACGAACUAUAAGGCAGCGCUAAUUCCGCAAAGGAUACGGGAUACAAUCCAUGGAUGGGGCAAAGCAGCAAGGAGAAAGAGGAGGCUCGGACGUUUCACCGACGAUUCAACCAUACAUACGGAAACAAGCACGGUAAUGUCACUCGAGGAAGAUGAGCACCAGUUGAUCGAUAUUCACGAAGAUGACAAGGACACAUACAAUGAGGUAGAGUUGCAACCGCCACCAAACGUUACAUCCACUCCUUCCCCGGCAUUUGCUAACGAAAAUUCGAGCCGGGUUGGUACACCGUUACUUAGGCCGUCUUCUUCCGUUUCGGCAUCGACAAUCUCUAAACUUCAAAAGGAAGAUUUCCAAAGAUCAUCUUCAAUGCCAAAAUGACACAAAACUACAUGUGUAAUCAUUUUAGGCAUAGGACAAAAAGUGAAUAACAAAGUAAUAGUUAUUAGAUUUGCAGAUGAGAUCAUAGUUAUUGUUGUUCAGAUUUUUAAAAGUAUUCGUAUCUAACAUUUGUAUACAACAUAUAGGUAUAUGCGUUUAAUCUUCUAAAUAUAUGAAAAAACUGUUUGUAUUUAACACCAAUCGAGUUACAUUGUGGUGUUGCUCAAAUUUAUAUAAAAAGAAGUCGGUACAUGGACUAAUAUGUACAUUUUUCCGAUAUUAAAUUAAA